AUGUCUCAUUUCCGGGCACUGCAAGACUACCUUCACAGGCAAAGUCGCCUCAAGAUGUUAUUGAGCACACAAACACAGAGGUCGAAUUGCUUGGAGAAAUGCUAUCUGCGCACUCGCUUCAAGAGGACACGGACGAGAUAUACCACUCCAAUACUCAAUACUUCUGAGCAACCUUCCUCACCGCUGCCUCCCGUGACCAGACAGCCUGUUCGCGAAGCCUCGAAGAGGAAGUUGAAGCUUUCCACUCUCGAACUUGAGCGUGUGUAUCUAUCGAUCCCUGUUCUAUCACGAGCCAUAGAUUGGUCAAGACUCGAAUCGUUAACCCUACUUGGCUGCACGAAUCACGAGGAAUUAUGGUCCGCUAUGCACAGAGAAUUCGCACCAGCAUCACUCCACAGGACCACACCUUCUAGGUUCGGCUCAUCCAUAACACGACAGCGUGCGAACAGCUCUUCUGUCAAUGCUCUCGACGCUUCAGAAUACAAGCUCAAAAUAAAAAGACUGCAUACGGACACUGUCUCCAAAUCCCUGCUUGGGUUUAUCAAGAACACAUUGGCUCCAGAUACUCUGGAGUGGCUUUUCUUGCAGAGGACACCCGCAUGUCCUUGUAACGUGUCCAUCGAAGAUAUCUAUCGAUCUGCAAUCCGCCGGCACAAAAGUAGCCUCCGCAAACUCCUGAUAGACAGUGAAUACAAACACAUGCCACGCUUCGAACGCGAACGACCGGACAGAGAACCACCAGAAACCCAUUGGCAAGACUGGCUGUUCCACGAGGACCUCGUCACAUGCAUCACAAGCGGUAAGAUGCGCCUUCGCGAGCUCAGCAUGAGCAUAGACCACAAGAAAUGGCAUUACUUCUUACAGCGUCUUCCUUACGCCACCAGCCUUCGCAGUCUGCACAUCUCUCACAUCGCCAACCAUCCCAACGGACGACACUACGACCGAGAAGAAAUCGCACGCUCCCUUCUUAACAUCAUAGCCGUCCGCCCCGAGAUCGAGCUAUGCUACUUCGGCAUUGAGAAGAAAUGCUACGAGAUUCUAGAAUAUACAUCCAAAUACGUCCGUCCCGUAUCACCCCUGCGCAACUACGUCUCUUCAUCCAGCUAUGGUCAACACAUGCACUCCACUAUUGACGAAGACGAUGAAAACGGAGAUAACGACGACGGAGGCGUCACUCACAAUCUGAACCACAUCGGCCCAGGCGACUUCUCUGACGACGACGAUGAUGAUGACAACGACCACGAAGAUAUACAAAGUAACCUAUCCAGCAGGAUCGGCAACUCGAGCGACGACGAAGAUACCGCUGACAACAAUGACGAGGUAGCGCGUGAAUUCAAAUUACGAGAGAUCCUGUUCUACGACGACAAGAUCUCCAUUUUCAAGGCUAGACAUGGGAAACUCUAG